AUGGGCAAACACAAACAAAUAUCGCUCCACGCCAUUCUGUGGUCCCACACAUCCUCACAUGCUCAUGCAGCUAAAUCCAUGACACGAUAUAGUCACAGUGCUGUUUCAACAAAGUCCUCAUCUUUCUUCUCUUCCAACUACUCCACCAUGCUCUACGGGCUUGCCUCUUUGUUGGGAAUGUUGGCUUUUCUUGGAAUGCAGCUUCCUGUCAUAAUGGCUGCUUUGCUUCAAUAUCUUCCACCUUUGUGCCUUAUUGCGAUACUGGGUACACUAGCUAGUGCAUUGAUUUCUGGAAUAUGGCUUUUACACAUCACGGGUAAGGAAUGGUGUCGAGGUGGGAAUGAAUCAGAACGGGUAUUUAAUAACGCCAAUGUGAUAAAUUGGAACUUGUGUUUGAUGUUCUUGGCGCAUUUAUACAUUGGUCGUAGUUAUGAUUGCUUUCCCCGUUGCAUUGCAUUCUUGACCCAUUGGGAAACUAAAAGGGAUGAGAAAGGAUUGACAGGUGUUAAUGAAUCUGGACAUUUACACGCAUUGUCAAUGUGCCGCUAA